ACCAACAUGGGCCUACGUGCGACUACCAGCUUAAUCCAUAUGAGGAAGAGCUUCGAGAGGCCGAGAAUAGGAGAGAAGAACUUGAUGAGGAAUUAAUGAACGAAGAUCCAUCCUAUCAACCCCCUCCCCUCCACAAUUAUAAUGACCACUCUGUUGCAUUCAAGCUUGAAUGGAACAAGAGGGCCAUUGAGUGGAGAUUUAACCGAAUUGCCCAACUCCGAGAAGAAAGAGCUCAACGUGAAAGGGAUGCGAAGGAAUUUUACGAUAAAGAAAAUGAGGUCAGGGAACUUGAUCGAUUAUUAGCGAUGCACAACGUAUUUUUCAUGUCCCCUGCGUAUGAUCGGUACGAUGAAUUGUCUCCUGAGUUUUGGAGGAAACACAUGGAGCAACAUAUUCGUAUUCGAUCAGACAAACUCAAUUUCUUAGAAGAACAAGCAGAUUAUGACCUUCGAGCCCAAGAAGAGUUGGAGCAAUCAAGAGAAUGGGAGCCGCAUCAAGUUGAUCAAGAAGAGAUUUACCUAGACCCUAUUCUCGAAGAUUCACAAGAACCUGCUCCAGCACAGGAACCUGAGUAUAGCAUGACCCAGCAGUUGCUCACUCAGGCUAUUGUGAUGGAAUUACCUGAAUGCCCUCCUAGCGGCAAGGUCGUACGUAAGGUGGAACCAACUGAGGAACCUGACUCAGAACCACCUCUACAAUCCCCAAUAGAAGAAAAGGAUGAGGAAGUUGUCCCCGUGACAAUAGACUCACCUCUUCUUACCUGUGUUGAAGACACAACUCCAGAGGAACCUGUUCUGGAGGAAAUAGAGCCCACUACCUACCCCCUAGAUUCCAAAGAGUCUGAAGAGGAAUCUAUAGACGAGGAAAUACUUUUCUAAGAAGAUCCAACUCCGUCUAAAGAAACCUUUGUAAUUAAU